AUGUCUUCCUACUUCGAGAUCCCCGAGCGCUUAGUCGGCCAACCCCUAUCUCCUUAUUCUUUGGCUUCUGACGAAUCUACCAUGCCUGACGAGGAAGUUACCGCUCCUCUUGAAUCCGACCCUGCGAUCAAGGUUGAAGAGACCGAAAGUCCUGCGCCUGAUUCCCCUGUAGAUACCCGUAGAAGAGUCGAGGACCACGUUCCGGCACCUCGUCCUCCUCCUCCCUCUUUUUCCGACAUUCGGUUGUUUGCCAUCGCCGCGGCUUUUCAGGUGAACUCCGACGGCCAGUUCCCUUUUAAUGUUCAGGAGACAUACGCAAGAUCACCGUCGCCUCCCAUCUCUUCUGAAUCCUUAGGAAGUGGCACCGCUUCUUCUCCCAUCCGCGUCGACACUCCUCCUCCGGCCGAGCCCUGCUACGUCUAUCCGCCUCACCCCGAUCCUGAUCACGAACUAACCCCUGAAGAACGGGGUCCAAUCUGGGCCGAGGUCGUUCAAGAAGAUGCUGUCCUGAAUGCACGUCGACAUAUCAAGGACUUUUUCCGUUCUUAUUUCCAGCUACUGGAUGGUGAUGUCCUCAAUCACCCGCGGUGCAGCGGCGGGUAUAGGCGUUUGGCGCGAUGUUGGUUGUACGAGAGUGUUAUGGGGGAGCUUGAUCGUGUACUUGAAACCGUGGACCAAGUGCAAAUGACAGUUAUUGAAUAA